AGGCACACUAUUUAGUUCUUCGGAUGCGUUCUGUCGCUUGUUCGCUCGUCCACACACAGCCUGCGAUCUCCGCAAACUAUGCGUCAAUUAAGAAAAUCUGCGUAGCACGGCGUAACAAGCCCAGUGGGUUGCGUCGCUCUUCGAUUUGUCUCUCCCUCUAUCCGGCGCGCGUUGACAUCUCGUGAUCGGGGCCGGAGCGAUGAAGGAACGAUGACCGUGCGUCAGUGCGAAGCCGUGGGGAGCUCCCGUGAACGUGACAGAUGUGAACCAAAAGUACCGUGACGGGUGAGACAAAACCCCACCGUACGCCUCCGAACCUCGGCGUCCAGACAUGGCAGACGAGGUGCCGACGUACAGGCGACAUCUGAGCACCUCGCUCGCUCUGGGAGGCAACCAGCGGCCCCGCAGCUCUGAGAACGAUCGCGACGCCAGGCUGUUCGCUGCCGACGAAGUGUCCGCCAGCGCGGAGGAGCCCCUACUGAGCCCCGAAGGAGACCAGCCUUUCGUCCUACCCGUCGACAGGUAUUCUUUCGUGAAGAAUGUUUUCUUCCUGCUUGGCAUCGUCGUCCUUCUACCCUGGAACUUUCUGGCCACUGCCAGCGACUACUGGAUGUACAAGUUCCGCAACGUGACAUCUGGGAGUGAUCCGCUGAGCCGGACCUCGCUGCAGACGCACUUCUUUGGGGCCUUUGCGGUGUCGAGCACAGUGCCCUCCCUUCUUGCUGUCCUACUGGCGACGCUCGUCAACGACAGGAUUCGUCAAGAGGUUCGUAAUGUGCUGUCCCUGUGCCUCUGCCUGGUUCUGAUGGCGGCGGUGAUGGCCUUUGUGCAAGUGGACACGGACAGCUGGCAAGAUGGCUUCUUUGUGCUUUCUAUGGUGCUUAUUGUGCUGGUGAAUGGCUUCUCGUCGUGGCUGACGAUGGGGAUCACCGGCCUGGCAGCGCGGCUGCCUUCGGAUUACAUGCACAACUACGUCAUCGGCAUGGCGGUGGCCGGCGUGUUUGCGGCCGGGCUGCAGGUGGUGACGCUGCUGGGCCACACGGACCCAUGUGUGGCGGCCCUGGCCUAUUUCGGCUGCGUCCUGGUCGUGCUGCUCGUCUCCCUGCUCUGCUUCAUGGCCAUGCAGUCCUCCGAAUUCUUCCAGUACUGUUUAAAGAAUCCACAACGCAGCAUGCAGGCCAUGAUCAGCUACGAGGACCUCGAGAUAAGUGUGUCGCCCCUGGUCGUCUUUCGAAAGAUGUGGAUGCAGGGCACGUCGUCCGCCCUGGUGUUUGGAGUGUCCAUGAUGGUCUUUCCGGCAGUCACGGUCUUGGUGGUCUCGCAGAAUGUGCUGUCUGGAUCUGCCUGGACUGGUCGCUUCUUCAUCCCCGUCUGCAACUACCUCCUCUUCAACCUGGGGGACCUGUCCGGGAGAGUGGCUUGCGCCUGGCUUCCUCUGGACGAGAAGCGAGGCAAGCUGGUGUUGUCGCUGUCUGCGGGCCGCCUGGUGUUCGUGCCGCUGCUGAUGCUGUGCAACGCCCAGCCCCGUCACUACCUGCCGGUGGUCUUCGGCAGCGACGUCGCCUUCGUGGUGCUGAUCGCCGGCCUGGCGGUCAGCAAUGGCUACCUCUACUCGGCCGCCAUGCAGCAGCUGCCCAAGAGGGUGGAAGGCUAUCUCCAGGAGAAGGCUGGCUUCCUCAUGACCCUGUGCACCAUGGUGGGGCUGUGCGUGGGGUCCUUCUUCUCCGUCAUCCUCGUCAAGCUGCUGUGAUCCCACGCACCGACGGGAAUCUCGAUGCACAACGUGGGCGUCCGUCCGCGCUCCGAAGCUGUUUCACACACGUUCCACCGGGUCCGCGGGAACCGGUGCCUCUUGCCCAACUCCUCUUUCGCGGACCUUGGGAGGCCUCUUUUGUUGGUGCGUGCUCCGGGAGGGACGUCCCCGUCAAACUCUCGACGAAACCUUUGAUGUCCGUUUCGUACCACCCUCGGCGAAGGUCACUUCUUUUGAUGAUGGUUUUUUCUUGUAGUAGUUCGGUCGACCUCGAGCAGAGUGCACCUGCAAGAGGGCUCGUUCCCAAAGCUGGGAAUGGGUGCCCGGAUGGAUCGGUGCUCUCCGUCUCUUGCGUAUGCCGUAGACUUCCGUCGACCUUACCGGUCAUACUUUUCCACAGCAAGGUGGGUUUAUACCUGCUAGACAUCGAGGCCAUAGUACUAGAUGUUUUAUGUCACUUGUCGGAGGCCAGUGCAGCAUACAACUGAACCCAGUGCUCCGUUCGGCUAGAACUUGCGUCUUCGCCGAUCGAACAUGAGUUCCUGCCGAUCGCCAACGCAGCACUCGUGUCUAAUCUGUGCCGGACGCCGGCCUCUGCUAGGCAACAUAAAAAAUCUACCACUAAGGCUUCGUUAUCUAGAACGUGUUGGGUAGACGGUCAAAACUUGCGGCUCUUCUCACAACGUGCCUCUUGACGACGUAAUAAGUGUUCCUCUUGUUUGCGAAUUUCAUUUAUUUCGUGUUUGACACGUUUUAUCUCUACUGUUUUUCCCUUUUGUUUACACUCCAGGGGGGGGGGGAAUAGCUUUGUCACAUGGAGUAAGGUGGUUUGUUAUUGUUUGAUGUGUACACACUGAUCACAUAGUUAAUUGUUGGAUCUGCGACGCAGUUUGCAUUUAUAUGGCGUUCGCAUUUGUGGUGACAACCUGUUUUUACCUUGUUUUUAUUGCUUUAUUUGGAGGGUGGUUCUCCCCACGAGGAGUUUUUCAUCUCUCAAUGACUGAAAGAAAAAAAGAUAAUCUCUUGUUAGCAACUGAUGUUACGGGUGACAAUCAUCUUUUAGGAUGCUGAGAUAGCACUUGAGCUUUGACAGAUCUGAGUGCAACCUUUGAUUAAGGCAUCUGUGUCUACUGGAAGGGUCUGUUUACAAUGCAAAAGUGCUCUUCCCUUUGGAACCUACCUUUUUACCUAGAGUAAGAUCUAAUGCAAUGCCAUCUAGAUGGACACCACAUUGACUUUGUGAUGCGCCACCCAAUGUAAGAGAACUUUCUGCAGCCUACUUUUUAAAAUGAUCUAAAGAAUGGGACAUGCCUCUUCAGUCUUAUAACCAGUCUGCAUUUUCUGUUUCCGCAAUUUUUUUGCUCGGUGGGCUGCCUUUGGUUCUGUGGGAAUCAUGCAUCACUGGAAAAAAUUAUGUAGGAUGCCAAGCCCCAGGGGCACACAGUGCCAUUGCAGCUGUGCCGUGCCUUUUGCUUCUGGAUUCAGCCUACUUUGUGAGAAAUAUAAUUACCAUAGUUUGCCCAGGGCGCUCUAUGGUGUAGGACCGGCCCUGCCUACGGCGUUUUACGGUAGGUGGGUUGCACCGUGGAAUUCAGUCUCGUGCUGCUUAAUUGUGUUCUAGCUGCAGUAAAUUAAUUCACUUUUGUAAGGAUUGCUCGCACUCUCAUGAAGGCAGCAAAGUCAGACAUUGCCUGGUGCGAGAUACUACAUCGUGUUGUUCAAAAUUGUGACGAUGUAGUACCAGGUAUUAUCGCAAAUUGUCUUGUGCUGAUUAAAAUGUUCUGCU